CUUCCCUCUUUGCGUCCCAAACAAAGUGUCACAAAGAGCUCGGCCCGCGGCAGCAGCGGAGGCGGCUGCAACUCAGCUUUUGUUCUCCUGGCCGGGGGUAGCUGAGCCUUGGCCUCCCUAUCUCCCAACCCUGCCCCCCAUCAUCCUUCUGGCUUAUCUUCCUGGGGAGGGGUCUGAGGUGCUGCUGGAAAAACCUCUCGGGCAGGAUUGCAGGUCCUACCCUACUUAGCAAUCUAUUUCUGGGAGGGGGAUUUUCCCAGAGGCUCUCUUGAUCACCCCUACGUCCCAGUCUGAGGACUGAGGCUCACGUGGGUGCUAAUACUGACUUUUCUAGGGUCAGCUCUACUUAAGGGGACUUAGGGCUGUCUACAUGCCCCCCGUUCCCAAACCCAGGUCCUCCAGAACUUUCAAAAUCAAAAUCGGGGUUGCGUUAGGACAUGCCUCUGGGAUAAGAUUCCCCAUAGUGGGAUGGCAGCAGGUGAGCAGGUGUGCCUUCCUGUUGCUUCCUGCUGUACCUUUGGAGUCCAUGGCUGAGGUUCCAUGUCUCCAGCUCAGGAGAGUGAGGACACAGGGAAGGAGGCUUUAUCAAGAACUCAGUCUAAAAAGGCUGGCGAGCUGCAGAGUGGAGUGGGUUUGGAGGAGCUAUCUGAGCAGUGAGGUUCAGAGGGCCAUGCAGAGGAGACCAUAAAAGUGAACUACUGGUGUGUGUGUGUGAUCAAGGUAGUCUUGACUGUAGACCGCCCUAGAAGCUCCCUUUCCUUUUAACCUCAUCUAGUGCAGUGGUAAUCAUAAUUGUUAGCAGAUUCGGGAGGUGUAGGAUUCUCAAGAGGGAAAACUGUCGUGUUAGACGUGACCAGAGGCAGUUACAACUGGACCCCAGAAGUCCUGAACCCGUGCUCCUUACACUUUGACCCUAAAAACUUUUGAAUCACAAGACUUGAGGGACAGUCUUUGUGUUCCAUUUAGCAAAUACUUCUAUGUACCUGUCCUUGUUGUUUCUAAGUCUUUUCACCAACCAUUCCAUCCUUCUCUACUGAGUAAGGUUUAGUGAUCCACACCCACUUCCCUACCAGCUGCCCCAGCAUGUAAGGAUAAUUGGCCUGUUGCUUUCGAAAGGUUUCUGAUACCUAUCCCUGGCCCUUCAUCCUUACAGAAUCCAAAUAAGGGCAAGAUAACCCCUGAUUCCCAGUGGGGGUGGAAAGUAGGUCAGUGCUGCUGUCUGGCCAAGUCUCGGGGAUGGUGUUUAAGGCCUUACUAUAGAAAACUCUGUGAUUAUUGUCCAGGGCAAUAUAUGCAUGACCUCAGUUCCAAGGCAGUUCAUAGUAUCCCAGUCCCUGUCAGUUCUUUCCCCUACUGAGAAAAAAUCAUGGGAUCAGGUAUCUGGAACCUGGUUUGAUAUGGAGAUGAUUCAGGAGAUCUUGAUUGGGCCUAGGAAGGUAUCUCAGUGAGUUUUGUUGAUUUUAGGCCACCUUCUGGGGAAACUUUCCCUGCUGGGGAAUUCAGCUUCAGUUUGGGCCUUCUUGUAUAUCACUCUAUUUCUGUUCUGGAAACUGCUAUGUGCAAAGUGGUUUAUUGUUGUUUUGUUUUGGGAUAGGAAGCUUUGCCCUAUUCCCACUCUUCUUGCCUCAGAUAUGAGGCCAGCUUCCUAUGAGAUUUUGCUGGCUAUCCUACAGACAGUUUUAUGGGCCCUAGAAUCUUCUCAGAAUGAGAGUAUGUGCCCAUAGGUUAGUCAGCUAUGACCAUGCAGUAUUCCCAGCCCCCCCGCCUCCACCAUCUGCUUCCUCUGAAUAUACCAGAUUGGCUGUACACCAGGAUGUUCCGGGAAUCCCCAGGAGAGCAACAGAAUGUGAUGGACCCAGAUAUGAUGCCUCAGUAACUCAUUCCAGGAUGUACAAACUGUAACUGUCAGGAUGCUCCUUAUAGCUAAUUAAAAUUCUUCUAGUUACAUCUAUUUUCUAUUAGCUUUUUCUAUUUUCAGUGACAUCUAAAAGGCCAAAAUAAUCCCUCUGGUACCACUGGGUUUUUUUCUAUGGUUUUCAGAUAGGAACGAAAAAAAAAUGCUCUAGCUUUUCUGUGUUGUAUCUGUGAUGCUAAAAUGGCAAAGAGCCCCUCUAGCACCUCAUAGCUCUAUCUAUGGUACUGAGGUGGCCCAAGUGGCUUCUGUGGUAGCCCACUGCACUCUCCAUGGUACUGAAGGGAUGACCAUUUGUUUUAACAUCUCUCUGGGGUCCAAAAGAGUUCUAUGACUUAGAACCACAAACUUUUUUUGAGCAGGAAGGGACUAACAAUAUAAAUUAGUCCAAUCCCCUUAUUUUACUGAUGAGUAAACUGGGAGGUUAAGUGAUUUAGUAAGGGUUGUAGGGUUAUCAAUGUUCAGACUAGGCCUACAAUAGCCUUGUACCCCUCAGUCCUAUUCUAAUUCACCUUUUGUGGCACUAUUCAAUAAGCCUAGCUAGGCUCUUAGUCCCAGGAAAGGAUCCAGAGGAUGAGAGUGGGUGCCCUAAUUUGAAGCUACAGAAAUACACAUAUUAAGUGAUAGUGGAGGUCGUCUAGUGACCCUUGGACAAGGACACUUUGUUAAUUAUAAUAACUGCUAAUAAUAAUCCUAUAGCCCAGAUUCCACAUGUAACAGGUACCUGCCCCUUCAUGGAGUUUUACCAUAUCCACUAAAUGUCAAAAAUUAAAGAAGCCUUGGACCUCCAGAGCCUUUUCUCUCUGCUGACAGGCAGGUUGACUCCUGGCCCAGUUCUUUUCUAUUAAAGAUCCUUAGGCAAAGUAGUGCUUGCAUCUUUUUCUUUCUCAGUAACCCAUUUCAGUUUCGUGAUGCCUAUUGUAAGGAAGUUCUUUAUAUCUCAAAUAUUCUUUCUUAGACAAAAAAAAAAAAAAAAAAUAUGGUUAGGCCCACAUUCAUUUAGCCUUGACCAGAUACCGUUCUCUAUAUGAGGCAGAAAGGUAGACUAGAUGACUCCUGGUCAUCUUCCCAGGCCUAUUUCCAUGAAUCUUGAUUCUGGGGUUUCUUCUAAGUCCUCAUGCUAAACUCCUCUGCAGCUUAGGAUCAGCACCCCCCCCCCCCCCCCCCCCCAUCCUCUUCCUCUCAAUGAUCUCCUUCCCCAGCACUGGAGCUCUGCAAGUCCCAGGCCUAGGGAAUUUUAGCCUGGAGAAUUUUAACCCCUUCCUGCUCAGAGCAUGUGCUGAGUCCCUAUCUGUGCAGAUGGCCCAGCCCCGCCCCCCGUCCCUCACUCCAGCCUCUUGAGCUCAGAGCCAGUGUAAUCCUCCUCUUGUGUGAGGGAGCCUCUCCCCUGCAGAGAGGAGGAAAGCCUGCCUCGGAACAGCCCUGGACAAAGGGGCUCAGAUGCCCCAUCAUACUGCAGGCUCCAAGGUUUGAAACAAGGGGAUGAAUCCUAUACGGUAUUUGCAGUUUUUAGCCCCUUCCCCAGGCUAGCUGUGCCCCUUAACUUCCACUCCUCCCCCAACUCUGUCUUCAUUCCCUCUCCCUCUGGCUCCCUCCCCCUCAUGCCCCUCCCCCUCUGUCUGUCUUCAGACUCUGCUGCUGGGAGGUGUUUCUCUCCCAUGCAUGAAUGAGUCUCUGUAAUGAAUGGAAAUGAAUGGAUCAGGAAUCCAGGCGGAGGGAGGGAGAAUGAGGGGGGGAAAGACAGAAAGACAGGGUAAGGGCAGAAGGAAGCACUGUGGAACCUAGAAGGAUGUUUGGCUGGCUGGUCAGUUAGGGGUCUCAGAGCAACUGAUCCCAUUUGGAUAACUGGGGAGCAUGGCAAGCCCACCCCAUUUGCUCACCACACUGCAUAGCCCAACCUACAUGGGAGAGGGGCAUACUGUGAUGGUCUUCCCCACCGCCAGGGGGUGGGGUGGUAGUUGUGAUUGUUCUGGACCAUGCAUUUAAAAUGUAGAAUUUCGGGAAGAAAUCUGGAUUAUUUGGGAGGCUUGUAGGCUUGGCAAAUCAAGAGGUACAGUUUUUGAGUACAGCAGCCCCUUCGUGCCUCAAGAUGCAAGUAGGGAGAAGGGAUUGGUUUUGGGAAUACAGAGUGCUGAGAGUCUGGGGGUAGGGAGUGACUUUACUGCUGAAAACUAGGGCUCAUCUUUUCCUCCAAAUCUGUCUUUCUUGCUUUAGCUCCACAGCACCUGUUGCCUUCAUUAGCAGCUUUUCCUCCUCUUCCCUGCACUCCCCAGAACCAAAGAAUGUGAAGGGGGUCCAUGGAGAAGUUAACUCCUUGGUCCUGACAUCUCGAUUCCCAUACACCCCACCCCCAGUUUCCCGAGGUGAGUAGCACUGUGUGUUCCUAGUUCAGGCCCCAGUCCACCCUCCCUCGUGUUGUCCUGGCCCUCAAGGUGACGCCCUUUCUUCCUUUACAGCUCUACCUUCACCCUUUGCUCUACGCAGAUCUUUCUCCACAGGGCUCACGUCCCCGCGCCCCGAGCGGCCACUUAGCGCCGUCGCCGCCGGCUUUCGACGGCGAGCUGGAUUUGCAGCGAUACUCCAACGGGCCAGCCGUGAGCGCAGGGUCGCCUGGGAUGGGAGCGGUGAGCUGGUCUGAGAGUCGUGCAGGCGAACGGCGCUUCCCCUGCCCUGUAUGCGGGAAGCGCUUCCGCUUCAACUCUAUCCUGGCUUUGCACCUGCGGGCGCACCCAGGCGCCCAGGCCUUCCAGUGCCCACACUGCGGCCACCGCGCGGCGCAGCGGGCUCUGCUGCGCUCGCACCUGCGCACACACCAACCCGAGCGCCCACGUAGUCCUGCUGCACGCCUGUUGCUGGAGUUGGAAGAGCGCGCGCUACUACGCGAGGCUCGACUGGGGAGAGCCCGAAGCUCAGGGGGCAUGCAGGCCACCGCUGCCACUGAGGGCUUGGCGCGGCCCCAGGCUCCUUCAUCGUCCGCCUUCCGUUGCCCCUACUGCAAAGGCAAGUUUCGCACCUCGGCGGAGCGCGAACGCCACCUGCACAUCCUGCACAGGCCCUGGAAGUGCGGCCUGUGCAGUUUCGGCUCCAGCCAGGAGGAGGAGCUGCUGCACCACAGCCUGACGGCCCACGGGGCGCCCGAGCGCCCCCUGGCGGCCACCACCGCUGCGCCUCCGCCUCCGCCUCCGCCUCCGCCUCAGCCUCAGCCUCCACCCCAGCCCGAAACUAGAUCAGUCCCGGAGCCGGAGCCCGAGCCCGAACGUGAGGCAACCCCGACCCCAGCUCCUGUCGCUCCCGAGGAGCCCCCAGCACCUCCGGAGUUCCGCUGCCAAGUGUGCGGCCAGAGCUUUACACAGUCUUGGUUUCUCAAGGGCCACAUGCGUAAGCACAAGGCCUCCUUCGAUCAUGCGUGUCCGGUGUGCGGCCGCUGCUUCAAGGAGCCCUGGUUCCUUAAGAACCACAUGAAGGUGCACGCCAGCAAGCUGGGCCCACUGCGUGCCCCGGGGCCUGGCUCCGGGCCUGCCCGGGCGCCGCAGCCUCCUGACCUCGGCCUGCUGGCCUAUGAGCCGUUGGGCCCAGCGCUCCUCUUGGCCCCGGCGCCCACCCCGGCCGAGCGCCGUGAGCCCCCGAGCCUCUUGGGCUACCUGAGCCUGCGGGCUGGCGAGGGCCGGCCCAACGGCGAGGGUGCUGAGCCUGGGCCCGGCCGCAGCUUCGGAGGCUUCCGCCCGCUGUCCUCUGCUCUCCCGGCCCGGGCGCGCCGGCACCGUGCGGAGGAGCCGGAGGAAGAAGAGGAGGUGGUGGAGGCCGAGGAGGAGACCUGGGCCCGGGGCAGGUCGCUGGGCCCUCUGGCUUCCCUGCAUCCGCGCCCGGGUGAGGGACCGGGGCACUCCGCCCCUGCUGCUGGGGCCCCGGCAAGAUCGACCAGCACGCAGGAAGAGAACGGGCUGUUGGUUGGAGGGACCCGGCCUGAAGGGGGCCGGGGCGCCACCGGCAAGGAUUGUCCCUUCUGCGGAAAAUCUUUCCGCUCAGCGCAUCACCUCAAAGUGCAUCUGCGAGUGCACACAGGCGAGCGGCCCUACAAGUGUCCGCACUGCGACUACGCGGGCACCCAGUCCGGCUCGCUCAAGUAUCACCUACAGCGCCACCACCGGGAGCAGAGGAGCGGGGCCGGCCCCGGGCCACCCCCGGAACCACCGCCUCCUUCCCAGCGGGGUUCAGCCCCGCAAUCUGGAGCCAAGCCGUCUCCACAGCCUGCGACCUGGGUGGAGGGUGCCUCAAGCCCCCGGCCUCCUUCUAGCGGUGCUGGGCCGGGGUCCCGUCGGAAGCCCGCCAGCCCUGGGAGGACCCUGCGCAACGGGCGAGGUGGUGAGGCCGAACCCCUGGACCUGUCCUUGCGGGCAGGGCCAGGAGGCGAGGCCGGGCCGGGGGGUGCCCUCCACCGCUGCCUCUUCUGCCCUUUCGCCACUGGAGCCCCAGAGCUCAUGGCCUUGCACCUUCAAGUGCACCACAGCCGCCGGGCUAGGGGCCGCCGGCCACCCCAGGCUGACGCGUCCUCGCCCUAUGCCCGAGUACCAUCAGGAGAGACCCCUCCCAGUCCUUCGCAGGAAGGGGAGGAGGGCUCCGGGCUGUCCAGACCCGGAGAGGCAGGGCUAGGGGGGCAAGAACGGUAGUGAGCCCUCAGGGGCGAUUAGCUUAGUGAGCUUACCCCGCCGGAGCGGGGGAGCGCUAGAGGUAGUUGGGUAGAGAAGCCAGCAGGGGGCAGCGUGGGACCCAUAUCCCAGCCCCAGGCGGACCGGAGGUGGAAGGGGCGGCGGGCGUAGGAGGGUGGGCUGGCGGUACCCACCCAGCCCAAGGGAGUCACAGUGCCUUAGAAGUGGCAGAGGUGAGGGUCAAAGAACGGGGUCCCUGGGCUGGCAGAGAGGGUUUGUGUCCCUGUUGAGGAGCCACUCUGCCAGUCUGCUGGUCCAUAGGCGUGAGAGUUUAUUUUUGUACAAGGGGUGAGGGUGGGGAGCACUGUACCCUUCUAGCCCCAUCAGGGGCCCUGUAGACGUCGCUAUUUUUGGUACGAUUCCUGUCAUCCCUGUUGCAGAGUCGUGUCCCCAAUAAACAGGUGUCGUGAGGCACAGGGCCCUGUGUCUGUCUGCCUA